AUGCUGCUGGAGCACCUGCCUGCCCUGGAAGGCAAGAGGAUAGUGCUGGCGAGUGCCUCGCCGCGGCGGCGGGAGCUGCUCCAGCAGAUGGGCAUGAAGUUUGAGGUGGUGGUGAGCAGCUUCGAGGAGACGCUGCCCAAGGAGCGGUACAGCGCCGCCGACUAUGCGCGCCACACCGCCUCUCACAAGGCGCUGGACGUGGCGCGGCAGCUGGCGGCGGCGGCAGCGGCGGGAGCGGCGCCGCCCCCGGCGCUCGUCAUCGGGGCUGAUACAGUGGUGGAGUAUGGGGAGCACAUCCUGGAGAAGCCGGCAGAUGCGGCGGACGCGGCCCGCGUGCUGCGCAUGCUGAGCGGCAAGCGGCACCACGUGCACACUGGCGUCGCGCUGCCGCGGCUGCACACCUUCUCGGUGACUACCAGCGUGGAGUUUGAGGAGCUGUCGGCGGAGGCCAUCCAGGCAUACAUCGCGUCCGGGGAACCCUUUGGCAAGGCAGGCAGCUACGGCAUACAGGGCCUGGCGGGCAGCUUUGUGCGGGGCAUCGAGGGCUGCUAUUUCAACGUCGUCGGCUUCCCGCUGCACCGCUUUGGCACGGAGCUGGCGACGCUCAUAGCCAGCGGCGCGCUGCGCUUGUAA